CAAGAAUUCCAAUUUAUGCUAAGCAAUCAUUGCUUAAAAGACGAUUUCAAAUUCUUUCACCUAUUAAGCAAAAAUUUGAGACAAUUGAAAAUUCAUUGAUAAGUAAAGUGAAGCCCGUAGUUAACAUCACAGACAAAAUGAAUUCAUUUAAAAAAUCCUAUUGGAUAGAUGAUUUAAACAAUCAUGUUAAAACAAAAUCAACAAGUUCCCAAAGGAAUUCUAACAGUGCCGGAAAAGUUCCUAAAAGGGAAUUGAAAGUAAGAAAAAUGACGGAUUCUUAUGAAGAAGAAAUUUUACCAUUUAAAAGUGAUCCUGAAUUAUUGGAAGAAUAUGUAAAUCCGUAUGGUAGUAUCAGGAUUGGAAAAAUAUUUGAAAACUUGGAUUUGUUAGCGGGACAAAUUGCUUAUAAACACUGUUCUAUUGAAAUGGAACAAAAUUCUGAUUUAACUAUUGUGACAGCUUCACUUGAUAGAUUAGAUUUAAUUAAACCCUUACCUAUAAGCGACAUAAGACUUAGUGGUCAUAUAACUUAUGUUGGUUAUAGUUCCAUGGAAGCGUUAAUAAAGAUAGAAGCAUUAAAAGAUGAAAAGUCCGAUGAUGAUCAUAUAAAAGGAGACACGUUAAUGAUGGCAAGAGUUGUUAUGAAACUAUUUCAAAUAACUGAAGAGCAAAAGAAUAGAAGGUUUAAGUCUGCUGCUACGGCUCUUUCAAAAUUACCUCCAACAGAAGAAGAAAAACUUAUUAUUCAUGAUUGUUAUCUCGAACAUUGCAAAUAUGCUGAACAAAAAGAAAAAACGCUCGAAAAUAUGAAAUGGAUGGAUGAAACAAUCAUGGAAUCGGUUACAUUAAUGCAACCGCAGAAACGAAGUCUACAUGGCUUCAUAUUUGGUGGAUACUUAAUGAAACUAGCAUAUGAGCUCGCAUUCUCUAAUGCAUCGGUAUUUUUGAAAAGUCGACCGACAUUUUUGGCUUUGGAUGAAAUAUCAUUUAGAAAACCCGUUCAUAUUGGUUCGAUUCUUAUCAUGACAUCACAAAUUGUUUAUGCGCCCGGGCCACCACAUAAAAGCUUUCAAGUUGCG